AGUGUGUGUCAGUGUGUGUGCGUGGGAGCGCGUUUGGUCUUCUCUUGAGGUGCAGUCAAACCUAAUAUGCAAUUAGACCCCCAUUCCUCCAUCCCAGAGUAGUCCUUAGAGGCCGGUUGCUCUGCAAGGCCACGUCGAUCAAGUGUGACGACCGAACCAAACGCGUCAUUGGAACCCUUUAAAACAUCGCAGUUAGCACUGAAAGACGUCACAUCGCUUCGCUGACCUUGUAGAGGAACUCGCGGCCUUCCCAAAAAAAGACCGAUCAAAGAGUUUCCUUUUAGAAAAAAGAAAAAAAAAAGUGUUUUUGUUCUUUUUUUAUUAUUUUACUUGUACGUUAGCCUAUUUUUUUGUUUUGUUUCAUGAAGGAACCACACAAGGGAAAAUUAGCUGAAGAGUGCAAUGAUUAUGUACUAAAGGGUUACAAAGAUUCCCCCGGCGUGCUUUUGAAAAAGGCGCAUACUCGAUGCGCGUACUCGACAUUUAGUUUUUGCGCCGGCGGCGUCGGGGAGAGAAUUAGGCGAGGCCGCCUCGCGAAGGAGCGCCACGUGUUUGUCGCGCUCGAAUGUUUCUAAGCAUAUGUUAUGACCAAAGUUGAUCAACACUACUAUGGCUAUAAAAUUAUUUAUUUGAGAUGAACUGUACUGUACAGAGAAAGACAAUAGAUCUCGAUAUACCUCGUCAACUCGUUUCGCAGCUGCUCCAGCUUCGCCCCGGGUCCCGCGGGCCCGACGUUCUCGCCUUUUGUAAGUCGGGAGAACGCCUUAGGAUAAUAUGUGAAGUGAGCGAGGCCUUUGUUUCCUCGAUGAAGGCUUUCCAAGUAAUAUCUGCCAACAACACCUCAUCAGAGCGUCAUAUAUCUGAGCACAUAAACGAACAAGCCAUUUCAAUCGCAUCUCUCCAACGGUGUUUGUGCAAAGAUUUCACAAGCAAUUUAGGCCUCUUUUUCUUUCUCGUUGCGUCCGUCAUUGUCGAAGGAUGACUUCUUGAACUCGUCUUAAUAGUUUCUAUCUCCUCGGUGAUAGCAUCGUCUGCCUAUUCGUUUUCCUCCAUCGUUAUUAUUAUUUGGCGGUUUCCAAGCAAUAUUGUUUUGGUUUUUUGGCCUCUUUUUUUGGGGUUUUUAAUUGAAUAGACAAUCACUGUCACAAGGGCUUUUGUUUCCCUGGAAUGUGUUUGAUUUUUCUUUUUUUUUCGUCUUUACCGUCAGUGAAAGAUGACCUAAAGACCGAAGACGAAUGGCUCUGUGUUCUGGGCAUUUUUUUUUAAACCGUCGGUGUCAACACAAAUGCACUGGAUUGCCUUUGACGGCGUCUCAUCAAAUGCCUUUUUCGACCCAUGCCUUCCGUCAUUUCAGUUCAAAAGUAUUACGACAGCAUGCCGCGCUCGGGAAUAUAUAUCCCGGAAUUCCCCACAAGGCGUCGACCGGCCGGCGUGUUUAAAUAUGCUUAUUUAUCGCCAUGAAUCGCUAGCUUUCUCGGAAUGUUCCGCACUCCUGCUGUAGGAUUUUAAGCAGGGUAACGCCGCCUGGAGGAGUUGCGUCGAUGUAGCGGGCGCCACCUUCUCAAGCCUCGUUGAGACUAAACAGCGCCUCUGCUGGCCGCAGACAAGUACUGCAUCCGAUCUCGACAACAUUCUGAAAUGACCGGGGGUGUCCAAACCGGGAAAAAUGGAAGGCCGCGGUGCCAAUUUUGUGUUUACUAAAAUAUUACGUUAAAACAUGAAAAAGAUGAGAUUUGUGUCAUGGGUGACAAAGCAAAUCUUUUUUUUCGCAAGAUUUUGGGCACCCCUUGGAUUAGUCUUGAUUAAUCACGCUGCCCAUCCUUUUGGUGUGGAGGUCAGGAAUAGCAGAAGUCCAAAUAUGUGCUAAGUAAUUUAUUGUCUCCUCAUCCCAUUUCUGCUACUAAAGAUUGUAGAUGGCGUCGGACCACUAGCGUCUUUUUUUUUGCUUUUGUUUGUCGUUACUUUUGAGCGCGAUAACUUCACAUCUGCCGCCGGUGAAGUCGCACAAUUGCACACGUUUAGCGUGACCGGAUGGGUGACGAGGACAACCCCCCCCUCCCCCGGACUCGCCGUUCGAUUCCCGACUCCGGAAUCCCCUUUUGACUCACUACUCUGCUCGAACUGAAAAAAAAAAUCGCAUUAUUUGUGAUCUCAGGAUCUAUUGCUUGGAGCGGCGAGCGUAAUUUUAAAGGAACCAAUCAGAUCUCAGCAGGAUAAUUAGCAGGCGAUUUAAUUUGAGUUAGGAAAGAAAGGAAGAAAAACCUGAUUUCCUGCAGCACUUAACUAAAUAGUCAAGCACGCACUUUAGUACUUUCAGGUUCUAAGUGCGCAACAAGGAGCAGAUAAGCUUGGUGCGGGUAAGUGGGAACAUGACAUGUUCUGUAGCGGCCUUCAACACCUGCUCAGCUCUACAAAGUAAGCAGCAAACAGUUUGAAGAUUGUGGAAAAAAAGCGCUCGACGUGGGAGUGACGCACGCGACGUAGGAUGUAAGGCAGCCGGACGCGACGAGCCCAGGUUACGACGGCGGACGCCCAGAUCCUCCCGGGAGCUGCUUUACUACACGGCCGAGUGGUGGACGGUGCUAGUGAUGUACCAUGGGGUAUGACGUGACGAGGUUCCAAGGGGAGGUGGAUGAAGACCUCCUGUGCCCGAUAUGUAGCGGAGUACUAGAAGAACCAGUGCAGGCGCCGCACUGCGAGCACGCCUUCUGCAAUGCCUGCAUCACGCAGUGGUUCGCCCAGCAGCAGAUCUGCCCCGUGGACCGCACGGUGGUGACGCUGGCCCACCUGCGGCCGGUGCCCCGCAUCAUGCGCAACAUGCUGUCCAAGCUGCAGAUCAACUGCGACAACGCCACCUUCGGCUGCACGGCCACGCUGCGGCUGGACCAGCUGCAGUCGCACCUGAAGGACUGCGAGCACAACCCCAAGAGGCCCGUCAAGUGUGAGGGAUGCGGCCUGGAGAUGCCCAAGGACGAGCAGCCCAACCAUAACUGCAUCAAGCACUUGCGGAGUGUGGUCCAGCAGCAGCAGACCAAGGUCUCGGAGCUGGAGAAGACUGUGGUGGAACAUAAACACCAGCUGGGCGAGCAAAAACGGGACAUUCAGCUGCUCAAGGCGUACAUGCGCGCCAUCCGCAGCGCUAACCCCAACCUGCAGAACCUGGAGGAGACCAUCGAGUACAACGAGAUCUUGGAGUGGGUGAACUCCAUGCAGCCCGCCAGGGUGACCCGCUGGGGCGGCAUGAUCUCCACCCCGGACGCCGUGCUGCAGGCCGUCAUCAAGCGCUCGCUAAAGGACAGCGGCUGCCCGCUCUCCAUCGUCAACGACCUGAUCGAGAACGCCCACGAGCGCAACUGGCCGCAGGGCCUGGCCACGCUGGAGACGCGGCAGAUGAACCGCCGCUACUACGAGAACUACGUGGCCAAGCGCAUCCCGGGCAAGCAGGCGGUGGUGGUGAUGGCGUGCGAGAACCAGCACAUGGGCGAGGACAUGAUCCUGGAGCCCGGCCUGGUCAUGAUCUUCGCGCACGGCGUGGAGGAGAUCCUUUAACUCCUUAUCCCAGGGAGGGAGGAGAGAAAAAACUACCGCCGCCUUAAAGGAAGGACGACAUUGUUGCCGAGCAGCGUGCGACUGACGGUGAAGACGCUGAGUGCAUUACGUCAUCGAUUGUUCCUUUCAGCCCUUCAAGAAGAAGAUGAAGGUGAGAACACUACUUUCCUCCUCACUUCAUCUCAUCCUGUCUGAGCUUCUUCCCAGAUGCCUCACUCGUGUACAUCUUGUAAAUACAAAUACUAUAUUGACUCCCAAUAAUCCUCCUCCUUUACUUUCUGCUCCCGUUGUCCACGGCGACUCCCGUCACGCCACCGCGCUGUGAAUAUUCCGCCACUUGUUCUCUUCUGUGCCAUUCUCUUUUUAUUUAUUAUUGUUUUUCUCUUGCCUUUUUACCGUCACACUUUAAAAAAAGAAAAAAAAAACUGCUUGAAAAAUGAAAUUUGGCCUUUCUCGCUGCAUUUGAAGUUAACAUCCGUCGUCGUCGUCGUCGUGUUGUUUCAGAUGUGAAGUCGAUGAUUUAACACGCGUUUGCCUUUUUUAUUCCCACGCGUUCCCUCUCGCGGUCGUUCAGCUCUGAUUGUUUACGUGUUUGGCAGCGGCGGAGAUUGUAAAAAAAAAAAAAAAAACCUACGGUUUGCCGGUAACCCUUUUUGAAGAAGUGAAGGGCUCGUGGCCAUCGAACUGUACGGACUUAAAUAUUCAACGCUACUUUGUAUUGUGCCCUUUUUUUUUUUUAAAUUCUCUUUGCUAAUGUUUUAGUUGGUUCUGUGUCUUAUGUAUCACGUUGUACAGACAAGAAUAAAACGUCAAAAGAAUGUAUAUGCUCACUAGA